CAUAAUGAUUCUAACCUCACUUUAGGGUUCCUCAAGGUUUUUCUUUAGUCUUUCCUGGGCAAAUGGGAGGGUUUCUCCGAGAUUUUUAGUGCGAUUCGCCCUUAGAGUGAUAGUGUGAUGUUUAGAAAAUGUCUUAAUAACUUGAGCUCAACGCAGACUCACCAUAUUCCUUCAUGUUGUUUCUCCCGGACAAGUCUUCUGCAGACUAAAAACCACUAUGACGUCUUAGGACUCACCCCUAAAGCCACUCAGAAUGACAUCAAGGCAGCCUACUACAAGCUUUCGAUGCAGUAUCAUCCGGACAAAAACAAGGGUAGUGAUGAUGCAGCCAAAAAGUUCCGGGACAUCACUGCAGCUUACGAAGUUUUAGGGACUUACCGCCUGAGAAAGCUCUACGAUAAAGGGAUUCUUCAGCCAACUACUGGACCCAUUCACACGCCAGAAUCUGAAUUCAAAAGCCCAAUAGAAGUUCAGCCGGAUGAUGAUGCUCAAACAAAGUUCUACAAAUCGCGCUUCAAGAGAUCCGAAGUCCCAGCAGGAGGAGCCCCCAUUUACGAUUUUGACUUGUGGUCCAAGGAGCACUAUGGAUCUUCGCUUAAUCGGAAUCAAAAGGCGAAAAAGAAGUACGAGAAGAAGAUGGCAGAUUCUGGGAAUUCUACGGGAUAUUCUCACAUUGAAAUUCUCCUCUUUGGAGGCCUAGUGCUGUGUGUUCUCGUAUUCUAUGCCAACUACGAUGGAGCUCAGUACGAUAAAGUGAAAGAGAAGCCACCAGAAAAGUAAAGGAAAUUAGAUAAAUUGAUGUAAAUAUCUUGUUAAUA